AUGGGAAAGAUCAUCUUCUAUGAGGAACGAAACUUUGGGGGUCGCUAUCAUGAGUGCAUGAGCGACUGUGCUGACCUGCAUUCUUACUUCAGCCGCUGCCACUCCUGCAGGGUGGAGAGCGGCUGCUUCAUGGUCUAUGACCGCUCCAACUACAUGGGCAACCAGUACUUUUUUAGGAGUGGCGAGUACCCAGACUACAUGGGGAUGACAGGCUUCAGCGACUGUAUAAGGUCGUGCCGUAUGAUCCCUAUGUACCAUGGUUCCUACAGAAUGAGGAUUUAUCCACAUGCUGAUAUGGGUGGCCAGAUGAUGGAGCUCAUGGAUGACUGCCCCAACAUGAUGGAGCGGUUUCACAUGUCGGACUUUAACUCCUGCCAUGUGAUGGAUGGCCACUGGCUCAUGUAUGACCAGGCGAACUACAGAGGCAGGAUGCAUUACCUGAGGCCUGGUCACUACAGGAGGUUCAGUGACUGGGGUGGGAUGGGUCCCAGGAUUGGCUCCAUCAGGCGAAUUAUGGAGUUCUAA